AUGAGAAUUCGUAAUUUUGUCUUUGUCAUGCAGUUUUUAACUGCCAAUGCUGCCAUCUACGAUUCUCUCUUCCCGACAGCGAGGCCAACUACAUCAGACAACGGCAUCGACUGCAUGUUCGAAGACUUUUACCCAAUCUUCUCUGCCUUGACUCCCAACGGAAGCCUAUCAACAGCCCUUCUGUCUUACGGCGACAAGCUGAUCAAGGACUGCCCUUUGACUGACGUCGACGUAAUGGGCCUACCCACAUGCCCAUACCCAGCACUGUCAGACUGGUGCUCCUUCAGCGACCAUGCACCUGCAACUCUCCUGCCUGAAUGGUCAUCCUAUGGUAGCUCAGCUUCCUCGUGGUGGUCAGAGCACAGCUCCUACGCUGUAAAGUACGCCCAUGUUUGCAAGAAGAAGUGGUUCAAUCAGAUGAUUGGUGUUGUGUAUGGUUCAGCUAGACUGAAUAAUACUAUUCACUGGGGCGAGUGCUACGCCCAAGCCUAUGCCACUGUGGACGGCAAGGUCACUGAAACAUCGACAUCAAUCGCAAAAGCAACAACUGGUAUGAAGGUCACUUCUACGGUACCUGAAGAGACCCGCACAACUUCAGAAAAAAUCGAAGAAACUCCAAAAGAGGCCCAGGCUACUGCGAAGGCAGAUCAGGGAGAGGAAUCGUACGGAAGUCAGGUCAAGGCUCGAGGGGCUGGUAUUUGGCUUAUCGCUGGCAGUGGAUUUGCAGCAGUUCUUUUAAAUGACGUUUUGUAA